CUCUAUCACCUCAUUCCAACUUCCCUCUUCCGCUCCAAUCUGUCUCCGGACACAGUCGCUCGAACUGGUCAAGCACUUGGAAUUUGCCUCACUAGUGGGCUUCUUGACAGACAGAAUGGCCGAAGGAGGGCAACCACGGGCGCUUACGACGGCCUUCGCCCCGCCACCGCCGUUAUGGAAACACUUCACACCCGAGAACAUCAAGAGACUGGAGCAGAUCAAGAAGGAAGCCUCCAAAGGCGCGGAUGGGAAGCCACAGAAGAAGAAAUGGACCCCUGCUCAGCUACGUGGACUGGAUCUCCCGCCUGAACUACGGUUUCUCGUACCGCCAGCUAUCCCGACUUCAGGACAUUACAGCGUCUUUGGGGAGCUUCAAAGCUUGUCAACAGCUCUGCCAUCGCUCCAGGAGCAAGGAAUCACCCAACUUUACCCCUCCACCCCGACUACUGAAAGCGAUUCCAAAUCAUCAUCCGAGCCAGCGCGACCGCUCAACCACGCAUACUAUCUGCUCAAAAUCAGCAAGUCCCUUCUUUUGAACUUCUUGGAAUUUGUCGGUGUGCUUUCGAUUGCUCCGGAACAAUUCGAGGCCAAGGUGGAGGAUUUGCGCAAUCUGUUCAUCAAUGCUCACCACCUUCUGAAUCUCUACCGGCCGCACCAGGCUCGUGAGUCGUUGAUUAUGAUGAUGGAAGAGCAGCUGAGCCGAACAAAGCAAGAGAUCGAAGACAUGGAUAAGCUCAAGGCCGAGAUCACUGGGGUUUUAAACCGGCUAGAGGCUGAUGGCAAGGCCACGCAGGCUUCGGCGCAGGCCGAUAAAGAUAGCAAGAAGAAAUCUGCCAAGGACGAGCAAGCUAUUGAGGAUGCAAGACUGAUCUGGAAUCUUUUGGACGAAAAGAUCAUUAGCUGAGAAUCUUCCACGGGGAUUACGUUCCAGCUUUCUACGCUCCGCAGCGUGGCGCUAUCGAGCC